UUUCCCAUUCUGCUAAAACCCUCCUUAUCCCCCCAUUCGUCGUCUGAAAGCAUGGAUUCCACAAACUAUAAUCCGCUCAAAAGUUUCUCGAAGUUCACGCAGACCUUGCAAUUCAAUCUUCAUCAAACCCUCAACAACCUUCAGAACAACUGCGGUGCCAUCCAAACCCAGUUUCACUCCGCCUUUUCGGACCUUCAAACCCACACAAAGCAUGCAUUUGACACCAUAAUCCCUCGUUUCAAUCCCAAUUCGCCCUUUCCAAGAAACGCAGCUUGGGCUAGGAUUGGUGACGAAGCCAAAGGCUACGGCGAGCCUGUUACCCGAUCCAGUGCAAUCAGGUCAAAUAGGUCCAUUGAGGAGAGGCUGGCUGGCGUCCCUGUUUAUGCGCUAAGCAAUUCCGACCAGGAAUUCGUGUUGGUUUCGGGGAGUUCUAUAGGGACGUCUCUGGGUUUAUUGUGUUUCAGGAAGGAAGAUGCAGAGGCGCUUCUUGAGCAGAUGAAGAGCAUGGAUCCUGAGAUGCGGAGGGGAGGGUCUAAGGUUGUUGCUGUUUCAUUGAGCAAGGUUUGUCAGCUUAAGGUUGAUGGAGUUGCAUUUAGGCUAAUACCAGACUCUGCAGAAAUCAAGAACGCACUGAUGGCGAGGCAAAAACUUGGUUUGUCUUCUGAUGGUUUCUCUGGAAUUCCAGUGUUCCAGUCUAGGAGCCUGGUACUGAGAAGUCAAAACAAGAGCUAUCGUCCAGUCUUCUUCAAGAAGGAGGAUUUGGAAAGAUCACUAGUAAGAGCUUCCCAGCAGCAGCGAAAGAUAAAUCCAGUCCUCAAACAAGGAGACAUUGAGGUAGCUGUUUUUGAGGAAAUUAUCAAGGGCAUGCAGAUGCAGGAGAGUUCUACCUUGAAAUGGGAUGAUGUUGUCUUUAUCCCUCCUGGUUUUGAUGUCUCAAUUGUUCCCAGUGAGCAAUAAUAGUACUUAAAAGGAGGUUCAUUUUAUGUUUCUGUUUUCAACCCUAUUAUUGCACCUUCUAAUUGUCCGUACUUUUCACAUAAAGGUUUAAGGUUAUAAGUGGGAUUGGAAAUGUUGAAGCUAGAGAUCUUGUAAAUUGCUUAGCUAUUGAACAUGUUGAUUUACAGCCGAUUAGAUGUUUU